CCUUCAUUGUCAUUUGUAAGUAAGCAAAGCAGCCAGGUCGGACCCAAUCAAACCCAAAGAAGGCAAGAACUUCCCCGGCCGUCCAUGGCCACCUACCCCCUCCUCCUCCUCCUCCUCCUCCUCGCCGCCGUCGCCGUGGCGGCGGCGUCGUCCGCGGAGGACACGCCAACGGCGUACGAGAUGCUGGAGCGGUACGACUUCCCGCGGGGCAUCCUGCCGGAGGGGGUGGAGGGGUACGAGCUCGAUCCGGACGGCGGCUUCCAGGUGUACUUCCCGCGGGAGUGCGAGUUCCUGCUAGCGAAGCAGUGGCUGGUCAAGUACGACACGCGCAUCGCCGGCGCUGCCACCGCCGGCAAGCUCGCGGCGCUGCAGGGCAUCUACGUCAAGGUACUCUUCCUGUGGAUCCCCGUCGCCGAGGUCGACCGCGCCGGCGACCGCCUCAGCUUCUACAUCGGCCCCGUCUCCACGUCCUUCCCGCUAAGCGACUUCGCCAGCAGCCCGCACUGUCGCGGCUAUCACGACCGCGCCGCCGUCGCUGCGGCCGUCUCGUGAAUCAUAUGCUUUUUACAUGUGGGCUUCUGCUCGGUGAUUUGCCUUGCUAUUCAUUAAUGCCAGUGUUAGCUACUCCCUCUGUAAACUAAUAUAAGAACGUUUAGAUCACUAUUUUAACGAUCUAAACGCUUUUAUAUUAAUUUAUGGAGGAAGUACUUAGCUACUGGUACUGGGGGGAAAUAGUAUAUUUCACAUGGAAAACUCUAUUGAUACGGCUUGAUCAUUUGAUCAAGACUCGCAUGAGUCGUUGUUUCAAUUAACCUUUGUACCAUCGUGGAUAUAUCAAUGAGCUCUAUACGAUUCCAGUUUAGCAUGAGAGCCAUUGAUGGCGUUUCGCA